UUUCCGUAAAUAAAAUCGGUCACCAUUCUGUCUUCCUGUUGUGAAGUUAGCGGCAUGGAGAAGGCACGUUUCAUCGUAUCACGAUCGAAACAGCAUUUUGCGUUGCAAAUAGAAUUGUAGCUAUCUGAACACUUAUUUCAUUUUAUUUGUAAGACUGAAGCCUUUCAAAUACGUUUCUGUGAACGCAUUACCAUCAAACUAAUAGUAGCUAGCACAUUUAUAGCAAGCUGUAUAUAAGCUAACUGUAUUGUGUUGUCAUGCUUUAUGGUUCACAAUACUUGCUUACCACUCUGUAGCUCAGUCAAUUUAUUCGCACGCUAUUGUUGCCAUCAUUCCCUCCCCAGCGCGUGUGUGUAAAGCAUGGAGAUUGAGGGGAGAGAUUUCAUGAACACUCCCCCCUUGAAGACGGUGCGGUUUGGGGGAAAUGUUGUUGCCACGUUAGCGAAAUUCAAACAGGGAGACACCAGUGACUAUGAGUUGUUGAAACAUCAGCUGGCAGAUCCAGAUAUCAAGGAUGCCCAAAUCAUCAACUGGCUGCAGGAGUUCCGGAAUUGUGUGACACAACUCAGCAAAGACCAUGAGCAGCUGAUCUAUGUGGCUCUGAGGCUUCCGUGGCUGGGCCGAAGCCCUGCCGUAGUGGAGGAGUAUCUGUCCUUCCUCAGUAACCUGGUAUCUGCCCAGACGGUCUACCUCCGGGCCUGCCUCAAGAUGGUGGUCUCCAACUUCAAACCCAAGAGAGUGAAGAUCUGUGAGGGAGGAGUGGACAUCUCGGACUCUGAUGAUGACGAUGAAAACCUUCCAAGAAGUUUUGACCAGUGUCACCAGGCCCUGCAGCUGAUUGGCAGAUAUGUCCCAUCCACCAGCUGUUUCCUGAUGCCCAUUCUGAUUGAAAACUUUCCUUUUGUGCAGAAAUCUUCCAGAACCCUGGAGUGUUAUGUCCAUAACCUUCUGCGGGUGGCGGUGUACAUCCCCUCUCUACGACGAGACGUCCUGGAACUCAUCAUCAGUAGAAUGCUCAAACUGGACGUGAGUGCUCCCCGGGGAGAGAUAGAGGAGGUGGAGGAGAACACUGUGCAGCAGGAGUUGAAAGGAGAGCAGGAGGAGGAGGGCCUCUUUGACAUGGAUGAGGAUGUCUGUUCAGUGAAGUCCAGUCCGGCAGGGACCAAUGUGAUGGUCCACCCUGUCGCUGAGAGACUGGACACUCUCAUGGUUGUGCUGCUGGCCUUCAUCAAGGACAUGUGCCACGUCAACGGUUGUCUGGAUGUGGAGCGGACUAAGGAUCUGUACAAGGACCUGGUGUGUGUGUUUGAUAAACUUAUCCUACCUACACACGCCUCCUGUCACGUCCAAUACGCCCUCUUCUACCUCUGCAGCUUCAGACUGGCUCUGGCAGAGGCGUUUCUGGAACACCUGUGGAGGUUACUGCAGAGCCAGUCUCACCCGGCAGUACUGCGACAAUCUGCCGCUGGCUACAUGGGUAGCUUCCUGGCCCGUGCCAACUUCCUGCCCGUCGCUACGGUACGUGCGUGUCUGGACCUGCUGGUCCCCUGGCUCCACCUAUACAUAGACAGCCAGGACUCCGGCUCCCGGGCCUACUGUGACAUCACGCUACACGGGCCCUUCUACAACGCCUGCCAGGCUGUCUUCUACACACUCAUCUUCAGACACAGGAGCAUCCUGGAGGGCAACAUGAAGAAAGGGCUGGCGUACCUGCAGAGUCUCAACCUAGAGAGGAUAGUGAUGUGUCAGCUCAACCCUCUGAAGGUCUGCCUGCCUGCCGUCACCAACAUGUUUGCUGCCAUCACCAGAAAGUACCAGUUGGUGUUCUGCUAUACCAUCAUCGAGAGGAACAACCGCCAUGUUCUCCCCGUGGUCCGCAGCUCCGUGGGGGGCGACUGUGUGUCCACCAACACCAACCCCCUGGACAGUUUCUUCCCCUUCGACCCCUACGUGCUCAAGAGGUCAAGUAAACUCAUCGAGCCCCUCUACCAGGUGUGGGAGGAGCCAGCAGACACUGAGGUGGACACCGUCACCACCAAGAGAGUCAGACCGUGCUCGGAUGCAGAUGAGGAUGACUUCCUGCGAGGGGAGACGCCGGAGACAAAGGGGGUGAUGGGUAUGACCCCUGGCUCGUAUGAGUCACACCUCCACAGCCCCAGCAGUGUGGGCUCGCCGCCCAUCUCCUUCCUACAGAGACCCUUCUGACACCCCUGUAUUUAACAUGGACUAAUCCACAACCCCCAGAAAAAUGGACUAUUCUACAACCCUGAGCGCCUUCAUACAGAGACACCCAGCUUUAAAGUUUUCAAAUGGAAUAUUAAAUGAUCUUACCAUAGACCGGUUUAAAAUGGACGGGUACAUCCUUCCCUAUCAUCACUGAAGAGAAGUAUCAGUCGGAACCAUCUACAAUCACCACCCCAUCAAGAACCUACUCCAGGAUGCAAAAGAUUAUGAACACAGUGUACAAUGCGUGACUAGAGCUAUUAAUUUUAUAAUAAUGGUUCUGUUAAAGCAGUUAACAUGUUAUAACUGGUUAAUAGUGAAUAAGUUCAUUUAACUCAUCUAUGGAAAAUGUAUUUGUUUUAGCUAGGAUGGGAAAAUCGUAAGAUUUUGUGUUCUCAGCGAAGGUAACUGUAUUUACAAAAACAAAAUAUCUGACACUUUCAAUGGUUCAUUGAUUUUGGUUGUCUGAUCUACAAUUUGUGUCAAGUUCUGAACAACACAUACAGUGCCUUGCGAACGUAUUCGGCCCCCUUGAACUUUGCGACCUUUUGCCACAUUUCAGGCUUCAAACAUAAAGAUAUAAAACUGCUUGGAGCCAAAUACAGGACCAUUCUGGAAGAAAACCUGAUGGAGUCUGCAAAAGACCUGAGACUGGGACGGAGAUUUGUCUUCCAACAAGACAAUGAUCCAAAACAUAAAGCAAAAUCUACAAUGGAAUGGUUCAAAAAUAAACAUAUCCAGGUGUUAGAAUGGCCAAGUCAAAGUCCAGACCUGAAUCCAAUCGAGAAUCUGUGGAAAGAACUGAAAACUGCUGUUCACAAAUGCUCUCCAUCCAACCUCACUGAGCUCAAGCUGUUUUGCAAGGAGGAAUGGGAAAAAAUGCCAGUCUCUCGAUGUGCAAAACUGAUAGAGACAUACCCCAAGCGACUUACAGCUGUAAUCGCAGCAAAAGGUGGCGCUACAAUGUAUUAACUUAAGGGGGCUGAAUAAUUUUGCACGCCCAAUUUUUCAGUUUUUGAUUUGUUAAAAAAGUUUGAAAUAUCCAAUAAAUGUCGUUCCACUUCAUGAUUGUGUCCCACUUGUUGUUGAUUCCUCAAAAAAAAUACAGUUUUAUAUCUUUAUGUUUGAAGCCUGAAAUGUGGCAAAAGGUCGCAAAGUUCAAGGGGGCCGAAUACUUUCGCAAGGCACUGUAUUUAUAUAAUUUUACAAAUUGUAAACAUGUUCCCUUAUUGAAAUUCUUAACCAGAACAGAUACUUGUAAGAAAGGUCACCUGCAGUAGAUGAAAAGGGAAACAUAUCUGUAAACUUGUGCUUGUAUGUAUGGAGUAUCAAUUACAUAGUUGACAAACUGUAAAUAAAAGUCAAACUAUUUGUGG